AUGGCCCCUACCAUCUUAAUUGUCGGUGCAACCGGCAACACCGGCAGAAGUGUCACUGAAACCCUACCAAAGUUGCUAAACACCAGCAACACUUUGUCCGGUCACCGGGUCAUCGCUCUCACGCGUUCUCUGAACAGUCCAGUAGCAGAACAACUUGCCAGAAUACCCGGUGUUGAGGUACUAGAACAGAAUUGGGUUGAGGUCACCGCCGACUGGCUUCGAGAGCACGAGGUAGUCAGAGCAUUCAUAGCACCACACAACGAACCACACCAAUUCGCUGAAGAAUCGACCUUCCACGUUGCCGCCCUUAACGCGGGCGUCAGGUACGUUGUGCGAAUCUCGACCACGGCUGCGAACGUCCGCCCGGAUUGUGUCGCUUACUAUCCACGUACGCAUUGGGCAAUCGAGACUCUCCUAAGCUCGCCGGAAUUCAACGGCCUGCAGUGGACUUCUCUUCAGCCUAACGUCUUCACACCAUUCUACCUUUCCACUGCUGUGGAAUUCAUCAAACAGUACCGCAAGACUGGGAACCAGGAUACUCUUCGGUUGAUGGCGUCAGAGGAUGCGCCUGUCGGCAUCAUUGACCCUGACGAGGUUGGAGUCUUUGCAGCGCACCUCUUGUCCCAAGACGACCCUAGUAUGCACAAUAAGGCUAAAUACGUUCUAAAUGGGCCAGAGGAUAUUACUGGGAAGCAGAUUGUGAACAUGGUUGAGCAGCAAAUCGGUACGCAAGUCGAAAAUGUCAGUUACAAAGAUAUGUUCUUCGUCGAUUCGUUUCUCGAGCUCGGAUCUCGGGGGGCUCAGGAACCAAAGAAUGUUAUCUUGUCCAUCAAAUAUGCUGCAGAGACGGCGUGGGAAGGAGAAUGCUCGGCUUCCACGACCAGCAAGAAAGUACUGGAGAUCGCUGCACCAAAACGUACACCUAUCGAUGUGUUGAAGACCCUAUUGAAAGAGUAG